GAGCGGUGUAAGAAGAGAGCGAGGAGAGGGAAGGGAGAGAGAGAGAGACGCGGACGAUUCCGAGUUGCCGCUGCCACCACCACCACCACCGUAUUCACUGGUGGCUGUGUGUACGUGCCUCCGGUCAUGCGUUAAAGGCCGUGCUGGGAGGGCUCUUUUUUAUCCGUGUGUUAUCCUGCCGAGCAAGAAAUAACACAGCCCUUGUGCUGAUCCUAUAAAUAGAAUAAUAAUAAACCCAGAAUAAGAAUUCUCGGCGCGUAAUGCAUCCCCAGUAUUAUGUUAGCGCUGCUGCUCUAGUCCUUAAUCUAGUGAGCUUCCUCCAGCCCUAAUCAACUGCUCGAUCGUCACAAGCAGACGCAUUCUGAUUAUCGUUGCGCCGCUGUGCUGUUGAGUUCACAUUUAAAUAUAGAACUCGACUCAACACACACACAGACAGACACACGGUCAAGCGGUGUUCCGACCCUCUGGAAGAAACCAGGGAUCAGAUCGAACAUCUUCGCCGCCACGUGCUCGUAUUCCUCACCGGCGCAAGCUGCUUGCAAUGACGCACUCCGAGAUGAUGAUGAUGGUGGUGGUGGUGGCACGAGACUGCGUGGCUCGGCGCUGUAGGCGGACGAGCCAGGACCUCGUCUAGAUCGUGGUGGCCAUGCGCACUCUUCUCGCUUGAACGUGGUCGAGUUCGAGGAGAGUCAGACGCGACUCGACGGAGGAAAGAGAGAGACCCCCCCCCCCCACCCCCUCUCUGCACAAAUAUGCUCGGGACGGGAUGCUCUGCGAGCGUCACUGUGGUGGUAGCAGCAGCAGCGAUCCUGGCCGUGGCAAAGGCCACAAACAAGACACACGGUGGCUGAGAACAGCUGACGGGACGCUUGCGCACCAGGCAGGUUCGUGCAGAUCCCGGGAGACAUGCGCGCCAGGGAGGGCCAAGACGUGGACCUGACUUGCUCUUACCGAGGAGGAGGCGCGCCUGCGUUCGCCCCCCUCGAGAUCCAGUGGUGGUUCCUGGGCUCCGUGCCGGUGUCGGAGUCCACGCAGCAGCAGCAGGAGGAGGAGGAGGAGGACGUUCACGAGCUCCAGGGUGGCUUCAGUCAAGAGCCUACAAAAAUAAGUGUGGUCCGGGUUCUCGGCAGCAGCAUCUCCAGCCGGCUGCACCUGACCAACGUGCGCAAGCAGGACGAGGGCACGUACGAGUGCCGCGUCACCGACCGCCACGCGUGGCCCGCGCAGGAGCACAAGGCGAGGGCGGCCCUCACGGUGGAGAUGGCGGGGGGCCGCCGGCGCCCGGGCGGGCCCCGGGACGUCCAGGCGGCCGAGGCCAUGCCCCUCUUCCACAACGUCACGGCCAAGCGGAGCCCGGCGCGUCCCGCGGGGGCCCAAGGCGGAGCCUCCACACCCAACGCCAACGUCGGCCGCACGUCAGGUGGACCGAGGACAUGUCCAAGGCAACACAUCCUGCUUGUGAAAGCUGCCCUCAUCUUAGCCGCCCAAUAUUUUGUAAUACAUGCAAAGUAGCACAACGCUGUUCACGGUGUGAGACUUAGAAAGUAGACAGGUUCUUUUUUUGUGAAAUCAUUUUUCUAUUCACGUGAUGGAGAGAGAAGCAGUUGAGCAAAUGCGUUCCACCAUAGUAGUAAGAGACGAAAUAUAUAUUCUUGUUUCAGCAUGGGGCGAAUGCACUCACAACACAGCUCUUAAUCAGCUUCCCAUGACGUGGAAUCGACUGCCAUGGACAGAAACCAUCAGUCACGCUUAAUUUUAUAUAUUGUAAUUAAACUGUCAAUUUAAAUUAAUGAGCCAAGGGCGCAAAUCUAUGACCACCAAUGUUAAGGUGGUCGUAAACAUAUAUAAAAUAAAAUACUGUGUGUGUAUAUAGAGAGAGAGAGUUUAACUUAUUCUGGAAUGACACGGACAUUUAUUAAAAGAAAUGUUCACCAAAAAGUGAGAUUUUGGCGCUGAAAUAUAAAAAAGAUUGUCGUUUAUUCUCUCCCCUCCCGUAUGAAUUAAGGUACAUUCAGCCAAAAUCCAUAGUUUAUUUCGCAAUGUUUUUUUCAAAAUUAUAUUUAAACACGCGCACACACAGACACACACACACAUACACACGUGUACAUAUUUACUGCGUAAACACGAAUUUCUACGUCAUAAACACACAACGCACACGUAUGCGUACGCACAUGUGUAUAUUUGUACACGUUACCAUGGUGGCCCACACACACACCGAUCCACCCUCAGUGUGAUCCGCCCAAUCUGCCAAACUUAAUGCAGUCUCUAUCCCCCUUGCGGUCCAAAACAAACGUCCCAAUUUUGAAUGCACUUGGCCGCGCGUCUGAUCGUAACAGUGAGCAAAUUUGCGCAUGCGGGUACAUGCCCAUUGGAUCGCAGCCAAAGGUUCAAUUACAAACGCUCCGACCGGUUCGUGCAAUGAAUCACGGCGGAAGAGCGUGCGUGUAAAAAGGGAUGAACAGCCGGUCUGUCGAACAGCUGACAAGCAAAGAUGAAUGCAUCACAGGUGAAUCUUCGCUGAGUUGAACUCAAAAUCGCAGCACAAUUUAAGUUGGUUAAAAGUGUAAAGUUUGAAUACAGCCGUAUCUUGAUGAACUUGAUUUCACCAAAUGUGAACCCUUCUUUACAAUGUGACAUCCACCAUAUUUCGGACACUGACUCAUGCGACGUAUAUCAAAUAAACUAUAUGUUGUCUGUAAGCAAA